AUGCAGACGUCGACGAGUCACCAGCAUGUAAGGCACAGCCAUAGCCAUAACCAUCUCGCAGCGGCCCAGCGCCCGCAGGUAUACCAGGUCGUGGCGUCCGCGCCUGCUGUACCGCAUCGGACGGAGCACCGUCAUGAACACGCGAGCUCGAAGCCGUCGAAGCCGGUCAAGGUGACGCACGCGCCGGCGAGUCAGCCUGUCAACCUCAGCGAUUUCGCGUAUAGCAAGUGUACCGGUCGGAAGAAGGCACUCUGCAUCGGAAUCAAUUAUACGGGUACGAGGCAGGAGUUGAGAGGAUGCGUGAACGACGCGAAGAACGUAAUGCGGUUCUUACAUAGGAAUUAUGGGUUCAAGCAAGAGGAUAUUGUCAUAUUGACAGACGAUCGGUCCGAUCCCCGCGCGAGGCCGACGAAGGCGAACAUGGUGGAUGCGAUGAAGUGGCUUGUGUCGGGUGCGCGCCCGAACGACUCGCUGUUCUUCCAUUACUCAGGACAUGGCGGCCAGGUGAAGGACCGCGAUGGAGACGAGCCGGACGGCAAGGAUGAGGUGAUUUACCCUCUCGAUUACCGAACGGCCGGCCCAAUAAUUGACGAUGAAAUGCAUGCGAUCAUGGUCAGGUCUCUGCCUCGUGGAUGUCGAUUGACGGCGCUGUUUGAUUCCUGCCACUCCGGAUCGGCAUUGGACCUUCCGUACUCGUAUCACAGCGACGGUCGUAUCAAGUCGAUGGGCGUAACGGAUCGCGCUCGGCAGCGUAAGCAUACUGCGGCGGAUGUGAUAUCGUGGAGCGGGUGCAAAGACUCGCAGACGAGCGCGGACGUGGCGUCGACGGAUGGAAGGCUGGCAGUGGGAGCCAUGAGCGACGCGUUCAUGGCUUCGCUGUCGCGUAACCCGAGGCAGUCGUACGCCGGUUUGCUCAAGUCUGUGAGGGAUAUCCUGAAGAAGAAGUACAGCCAAAAGCCGCAACUGUCGAGCUCGCACAAGAUUGUGAGUAGCAUUGCAUGUUUGCGCUUCCAUGAAGCUCAUAGCUGUUCAGGAUACGACUCUGAUGUUCGUUAUGUAACCGUUUGCUUUUUGUGGGAAGCGAGGGAAGCGUCCCUAGUGCUCCCAGACUUUCGGACUUGUAUCAAAUUUUGA